GAGGGAGAGCGAAGGUGGAUAAGGGGCGCGAGCGGCCGAAGGCAUCAAAUAAGCCAAGCGAGAAGGGGCGAGGGAAGUGCGCGGUCAUGGCACUCAAACCGAGCCUCGAUGCCUACGCCGCGUUCAUCCACAGGCUCCACCUCCGCCCUCCGCCUCCCCGCUCCCCCGACCUACCCCCUCCCCCUCUCCACGGCCUCACCUUUGCCGUCAAAGACAUAUUCGACAUCAGUGGCUGCGUCACCGGGUUCGGCAACCCGGACUGGGCGACGACGCACGAGGCAGCGUCGUCCACAUCUCCCGUUGUUCUCGCUGCUAUCGGAGCUGGCGCCACAUGCGUGGGCAAAACUGUCAUGGACGAGAUGGCAUACAGCAUCAAUGGUGAGAACUAUCAUUAUGGCACACCCACUAAUCCGUGUGCUCCUGAUCGAGUCCCUGGAGGAUCGUCCAGUGGAUCUGCUGUAGCAGUUGCUGCAAAUCUCGCUGACUUUGCUCUAGGUACGGAUACUGGUGGAAGUGUCAGAGUGCCUGCUGCUUACUGUGGAAUUUUUGGUUUCCGGCCUUCACAUGGCAUUAUAUCUGCAACAGGUGUCAUUCCAAUGGCUCAGAGCUUUGACACUGUUGGAUGGUUUGCUAGAGACCCUAUUACCUUGACACGAGUAGGCCAGGUUCUGUUGCAGUCAUCUAGUGAUGCUACCAUGCCACCCAAGCGUUUUGUUAUUCCUGAAGAUUGCUUCCAGUAUUUGAGUUCUCCCAGUGACCAAAUCUCUCAAAUCCUGAAAAAGUCUGUAGAGAAGGUAUUUGGAUGUAGUAUAUUACACCAUGAAAAUCUUGGCGACCAUAUUUACCACAAUGUUCCAAGCUUGCAAAACUUUAUAAGUAGCUUCUCCGGAGAUCAAGCAUCUACAAUGCCAGUUCUUGCAGCUCUCUCACAUGCCAUGCGGUUGCUUCAAAGGUUCGAGUUUAAAACCAAUCAUGGAGAUUGGUUGAUUUCCACAAAACCUACUCUAGGUCCUGGAAUGUUUGAAAGAGUAUCAGAAGUUCUAAAUUCAACAUAUGAGGACUUGGAGUACUGUUAUCCAGUGAGGGCUGAGCUUCAAGCAUUCCUGUCUACUCUUUUGCAGUUCCAUGAACAGGAGCACCACAAACAUAUAUUGGGGAACUGACUGAAACAAAACACCACAUGGUAAGACUAUAUGUUGGGUGUAACUUUGAGCUCAGAUACAUGGAUGGAAGGAAAGCAAGGUGUUCUACAGAAACAAGGUUGGGAUGAUUUGUCAUUGUCUGUGAUGGAAUCAAGUCCAAAGGAGAAGCAUAUACCAAGAAUAACAUGUGUAAUUUAUAUUUGAAUGCUCUCUGCUUUUAAAUACAACUCAGCCUUCUAACCUCCAACAAUGUCUAGAUGCCCUUUAUAUAUGACCCUGUAUUUGUUAAGAGAAAUGGAAAAAAUAUUGAGAAGCAAAGAACCCUCUUGGUUGGUCAUUUAUAAACCAAUGUGGAAGUAUGGAACAAUGUUUAGUUUUUUUUUAUUUUGUUAAUAAUCCAUUUGAAAAUAAGCCAUUAGAGUAACCCUCAAUAAUCAAUCUAUUGUAAUUCCUAUUUCUUUUCAGUUUAAGGCUUGUCUAGUGGAUUCAGAAACCAAGAAAUUCAUGCAAAUUAUUAAUGUCAUUCUCUUUAGGAACUAUGGCUAGUCCAAAUUAUCAGCAUUACUUCUUAGAACUAUCUCCUUUUCAACUCUAGAAUUUUAUAUUUCAUGAACUAAGGGUGUGGAUCAAACUUCAUGUGGAGAUGGAAGCGGCUUACCAUUCUAGUUACCUUCCCUUUCUUUUCAGUUCAAGGCUUGUCUAGUGGAUUUGGAAACCAAGAAACUCAUGCAAAUUAUUAGCAUCACACUUUCAGGAAGUAUCACUAGAGCAAAUUAUUAGCAUUACUUCUUGGGAACACCUACAUUUUAAUUGUAGAAUCUUUUAUUCAAUGACUAAGGAUAUGGAUCAAACUUCAUGUGGAGAUGGAAGCUGCUUACCAUUCUGGUGACUUUCUGUUUCUUUUCAGUUUAAGGCUUGUCUAGCGGAUUUGGAAACCAAGUAACUCAUGCAAAUUAUUAACAUCACUCUUUUAAGGAGUAUCACUAGUGCAAAGUAUUAGCAUUACUUCUUAGCAACAUCUCCUUUUUAACUACGGAAUCUUUUAUUUCAUGAAUUAAGGAUAUGAAUCAAACUUCAUGUGGAGAUGGAAGCUGCUUGCCAUUCUGGUGACUUUUAGUAAACCCUUGUGUUUAUUUGUGAUGAUUCUUUCUUUCACAAUGAAAGAACAUUAGGAAAUUUUCCUUCUUUCAUUUUUAAUUUGAAAAUUCAUUUAAGCUGGAAGCUCCAUAUCCUCUCUUCUUAUUUUUGAAAA